AUGGCAACCAAGUUAUCCGGCGUGUUCACAAUCACGAAUACUUUCCAUUCCAAUAGAGUGGCGAUGAUGAACGAUAAUGAUGCAGAACCGUUGUUCUUCCACGGAAUCCCACAUCGUUCGUUGGGCGCUCUGAUCGCACAACUUGCAGCAGAGAAGGGAAAUAACAUUUGCGUCAUUGUAGAUUACUGCCACUCCGAUUCUAGCGCGCGCGCCGACGAUGGCCAGCCUACGCACCUGGAUGAAUGCAUUGAAGUUGAAGCAAUCCCAUCUGAACUCGAUUUGGAUCUAUGGGGCAGUCUUCAACCAGAAGAGAGUACAGCCGCACUCGCUACUUAUUUUCGUCACGGUGGCGUCCGAUGCCAUGUACUUCUCGUCGCAGGUGGCACGGAAGAGCGUGUUAUGACGCAAAGAAUCUGCGAGCUCUCAGUCAACGAGCAGACGAGUACAUGCAGUACUGAGUCAGAAACCGAUGAGGCGGGAAGAAACGAUGUGGCGCAUGGCGAGAGAGAGAGGAAGAAGCAGAGAGGAGAGGUGCAGGAGAUACACACUCCGGGGCUUGACCAAUCUACAGACGUUCCAGACACGGACAGAUCGAUUUUGAUACUGGAAGAUGCGGUCCAGUCCGCUGCCGAUGAUGACCCCAACCAGCUUUCUCGUUUGGACGCUCUUGGACGCUCGCUGUUGACCCACUUCGACCAGCUCGGCAACGCCGAGGACACUCACAGGUCGAUUUCAAUGCAUGACGAUGCUGCGCGACUGUGUCUUGAAGGAGACCCCAACAAGCCUACAUAUUUGAACAACCUCGGAAACUCUCUGCGCGCCUGCUUCCGUCGGCUGGGCGACGUCGAGGACAUUCACAGGUCGAUUUCAAUACUCCAAGAUGCUGUGCGACUGUCUCCCGAUGGAGACCCCAACAAAUCCACAUAUUUGAACAACCUCAGAAACUCUCUGUGUGCCUGCUUCCGUCGGAUGGGCGACGUCGAGGACCUUCACAGGUCAAUUUCAAUGCUCGAAGAUGCUCCUGUGCAUUUAAACAAUCUCGGAUACUCGCUGUGCACCCGCUUCGAGCAGACGAGCGACGUCGAGGACAUUCACAGGUCCAUUUUAAUGCUCGAAGAUGCUGUGCGGCUGUCUCCUGACGGCGAUUCCGAUAAGCUUUCUCGGCUGGACAGCCUCGCAAACUUGCUUCGUACUCGCUUCAAGCGGCUGGGCGACGUCGAGGAUAUUCACAGGUCUAUUUCAAUACUCGAACAUGCUGUGCAGCUGUCUUCUGACGGAGACCCCAACAAACUUACGUCGAUUUCAAUGCUCGAAAAUGCCGUGCGCCUGUCUACCGACGACGAUUCUGACAAGCCUCCUCGUUUGAAUCCCCUUGGACACUCGCUGUGUACCCGCUUUGAGUGA